UUCUUCUUCUUCUUCCAAAACUUCCCCAAGCCAAACCCUAGAUUUGAUUUCCGCUUGCCAGAAUCUCAAAAUGGAUUUAUCUAACGCCGAUUUCGAGAGGCUUAUGAUGUUGGAUCUCGCUCGUAACGCUUGCGCGGAACAGUACAUGAAUGAUCCUCACGAUUCUGAGAACUUGCUCAAAUGGGGUGGGGCAUUACUUGAGUUUUCUCAGUUCCAGAGUGUUGCUGAUGCAAAGAUCAUGUUAGAUGAUGCUCUUUCCAAGUUUGAAGAGGCAUUGAAGAUAGACCCAGGGAAGCAUCAGGCUCUUUGGUGUCUUGGCAACGCCUACUCUUCCCAAGCGUUUCUUAAUCCAGAUUCAGAUGUAGCUCAAGGUCUCUUUGAUAAAGCUGCUGACUAUUUCCAGAGAGCUGCAACUGAGGAUCCAAGUAAUGAGAUGUAUAUCAAGUCCAUGGAAGUUGCAACAGAGGGGCCGAAACUGCAUAAGGAGAUACAUAAGCAAGGUGGAAUGAUGCAGCAGGCACUAGCUGGAGGAGGAGGAGGAGGAGGCCCCUCUGCUUCUUCAAAUGCCAACGGUGGUAAGAAGAAGAAUAAGAAGAAGAACAAUGACUUCACUUACGAUGUAUGCGGAUGGAUAAUUCUGGCAUGUGGGAUUGUUGCUUGGGUUGGCAUGGCUAAAUCCCUUGGCCCUCCACCUCCUGCUAGAUAAAGUCCUUAGUAGUGAAACGCCAUCAUGCCAUGAGGAAAAUAAUGCUCUCUGCUUUCCCAAACAGAGCCUUUCUAAAGUUGAAGAGAUUUUGACGUUUGUGGUGGCUUAUUUGAUUUUGUUUGCCUACCAGGUCGUGUGCGUCGAGAUCAAAUUGUUUUGUUUACUUAAUUACUACAUUAGGAUGUUUGUUUCUCCCAUUCGAUUUACUAUAUCCACGUAUCUAGUGGUCAAGAGAAGAGAACUAUACUUUGUUUUUGUGGUACGUUUACAUGUACACGAUUUCUUUUAUCAAGAAUAAUCUCCGAGGGAGCUGCUC